AUGGCGUCGAACGAGAAAUCCGCCGACACCGCCAUUGUCGAGUCGGACGGCGUCGUCCGCCCGGCUGGCUGGAUGUACCGGUCCAUCAAAAUCUUUGGCUACGACCUGGGCUGGUACGCGUCGCCGCACAUCCAGCUGGGCAUGAUCGCGUUCGUCUGUUUCAUGUGUCCCGGCAUGUUCAAUGCGCUGUCGGGUCUGGGUGGUGGUGGAAAGACCAAUACCGCAGUGGCCGACGAUAUGAAUACCGCGCUGUACAGCACGUUCGCCGUCGUCGGUUUUCUUGCCGGAUCCGUGGUCAAUCGCGUGGGUAUUCGCUUCGCGCUGGCCUUUGGCGGUGUCGGCUACUGCCUCUACUCAAUCAGUCUGCUCGUCUCAGUCCACAAGCAUGUUCCGGCUUUCAACAUCUUCGCCGGCGCCUUGCUUGGUGUUUGUGCCGGUCUCCUCUGGGCCGCCCAGGGCACGAUCAUGAUGUCUUACCCCCGGAAUCGCGCAAGGGCCGCUACUUCACCUGGUUCUGGUCCAUCUUCAACGUCGGUGCUUGCGUGGGCAGUCUGGUAUGUUUUUCUUGGACUUUCGGCGAUCUCCGCAAGGCUAAUCCCCAUACCCACACAGAUCCCGCUCGGUGAGAACAUCCACGUCAAGGUCGCUAAGACCGUUACCGAUGGCACCUACAUCGCCUUCAUCGUGCUCAUGGCCUUCGGUGCCGUCCUGGCUCUGUUCAUCUGCGACGCCGACAAGAUCAUUCGCAAGGAUGGCACGAAGGUCAUCUUGAUGAAGAACCCCAGCUGGAGCAGCGAGCUCCUCGGCCUGUGGCACACCCUUCGCGGCGAGCCCUGUGUCAUUCUUCUAUUCCCCAUGUUCUGGUCAUCCAAUUGGUUCUACACCUACCAGCAGAAUGGCCUGAAUGCCGCCUACUUCAACACGCGCACCAAGGCUCUGAAUGACUUCCUCUACUGGUUUGCGCAGAUCGUCGCCGCCGUGUUCCUAGGCCCUCUGCUCGAUAUUAAGUACUUUCGUCGCUCCGUCCGUGCCAAGGGCGCUCUCGUCUUCUUGUUCACUCUCACCAUGGUCAUCUGGGGCGGUGGCUAUGCCUGGCAGAAGGGCUACACCCGCGAGAGCACCGAACCAUACGACGCGGUGAAAAAUCCCGACGGGUUCCACGCCUGGGACUGGUCCCACAAAGGCUAUCUCGGCCCCAUGUUCCUGUACUUCUUCUAUGGCAUGUUCGACGCCUGCUGGCAGGGCGUUGUCUACUGGUUGAUGGGUGCCCUUGGUAACUCGGGCCGCAAACUCGCCAACCUGGCAGGUUUCUACAAGGGUCUGCAGUCCGCCGGCGCAGCGGUCAUGUGGAACAUGGACAAGAACAAAACGCCCUACAUGAACGAGCUGGCCUCCAACUGGGGCCUGCUAGCUGGUUCCAUCCUCAUCGCCGCCCCCGUCUUCCUGUUCAAGAUCAAGGACCAUGUUUCGGUCGAAGAGGAUCUUGCCGAUGUCGAUGAGACCGUUGAGGAUGUUCUUCCCCCGGAUUUGCUGGAGCGGAAGCGCAUGGGUGAUGAUACCAUUUAG